CCCGCCGGGGUGAUGGGGCGGGGGGCCGAGGUGAGGAGGCUCUCCGAGUCUCCAGACUACGAGCUCGCGAGCCGUCGCUACCCGCGCCGCGUCACGGCUCCCAGGCCCGCCCUCCUCAGGCCCCUCCUCCCCGCUCCGUUUCCCCCUCUUCUCCCCCUCCCCCUCUGACCGAGCGUGGACUUAAGCAACGGAGCGCGGUGAAGCCCAUUUUUCUCCUUCCUCGCAGUGGCGGCUGGCAGCCCCUGGCACGCGGCCCCCACACUCCGGUCCGAGAUGAAUGCUGCGGCAGAAGCCGAGUUCAACAUCCUCCUGGCUACUGACUCCUACAAGGUUACUCACUAUAAACAAUACCCACCCAACACAAGCAAAGUUUAUUCCUACUUUGAAUGCCGUGAAAAGAAGACAGAAAACUCCAAAAUAAGGAAGGUGAAAUAUGAGGAAACAGUGUUUUAUGGGCUGCAGUACAUUCUUAAUAAGUACUUAAAAGGUAAAGUAGUAACCAAAGAGAAAAUCCAGGAAGCCAAAGAGGUAUACAAAGAGCAUUUUCAAGAUGAUGUCUUUAAUGAAAAGGGAUGGAACUACAUUCUUGAGAAAUAUGAUGGGCAUCUUCCAAUAGAAGUAAAAGCUGUUCCUGAGGGCUUUGUCAUUCCCAGAGGAAAUGUUCUCUUCACGGUGGAAAACACAGAUCCAGAGUGUUACUGGCUUACAAAUUGGAUUGAGACUAUUCUUGUUCAGUCCUGGUAUCCAAUCACCGUGGCCACAAAUUCUAGAGAGCAGAAGAAAAUAUUGGCCAAAUAUUUGUUAGAAACAUCUGGUAACUUAGAUGGUCUGGAGUACAAGUUGCAUGAUUUUGGCUACAGAGGAGUCUCUUCCCAAGAGACUGCUGGUAUCGGAGCUUCUGCUCAUUUGGUUAACUUCAAAGGAACAGAUACAGUAGCAGGAAUUGCUUUAAUUAAAAAAUACUAUGGAACAAAAGAUCCUGUUCCAGGCUAUUCUGUUCCAGCAGCAGAACACAGUACCAUAACAGCUUGGGGGAAAGACCAUGAAAAAGAUGCUUUUGAACAUAUAGUAACACAGUUUUCAUCAGUGCCUGUAUCUGUGGUCAGCGAUAGCUAUGACAUUUAUAAUGCGUGUGAGAAAAUAUGGGGUGAAGAUCUAAGACAUUUAAUAGUAUCAAGAAGUACAGAGGCACCACUAAUAAUCAGACCUGAUUCUGGAAAUCCUCUUGACACUGUAUUAAAGGUUUUGGAUAUUUUAGGUAAGAAGUUCCCUGUGACUGAGAACUCAAAGGGCUACAAGUUGCUGCCACCUUAUCUUCGAGUUAUUCAAGGGGAUGGAGUAGAUAUUAAUACCUUACAAGAGAUUGUAGAAGGCAUGAAGCAAAAAAAAUGGAGUAUUGAAAACGUUUCCUUCGGUUCUGGUGGAGCUUUGCUACAGAAGUUAACAAGAGAUCUUUUGAAUUGUUCCUUCAAGUGUAGUUAUGUUGUAACCAAUGGCCUUGGGGUUAAUGUCUUCAAGGACCCAGUUGCUGAUCCCAACAAAAGGUCCAAAAAAGGCCGAUUAUCUUUACAUAGGACACCAGCAGGGAAUUUUGUUACACUUGAGGAAGGAAAAGGAGACCUUGAGGAAUAUGGUCAUGAUCUUCUCCACACUGUCUUCAAGAAUGGGAAGGUGACAAAAAGUUAUUCAUUUGAUGAAGUAAGAAAAAAUGCGAGGCUGAAUAUGGAACUGGAAGCAGCACCUCAUUAGGCUUUGUUUUAUGACUGGGUCUGUGUGCUUGGCGGUGUUCAUGUGCGAAUGUGUGUAUGUGCAUGCACGCACAUAAUACACCUGUGUGUGUAUGUAAUACGUGAUGUUUAUUGUACAGAUGUGUGGGGUUUCUUUGCGUUUUAUGAUACAUUACAGCCAAAUUAUUUGUUGGUUUAUGGACAUACUGCCCUUUCAUUUUUUCUUUUUUUCCAGUGUUUAGGUGAUCUCAAAUUGGGAAAUGCACUUAAUCAUGUAAAAGAUUAAUGCUAAAGUAAGCUUUUUAGGGCCUUUUGCCAAUAGAUAGUUAUUCAAUCUGGUAUUGAUCUUUUCACAAAUAACAGAACCAAGAAACUUUUAUAUAUAACUAAAGAUCACAUAAAACAGAUUUGCAUAAAAUUAUCAUAAUUGCUUUAUGUUUAUAUUUAACUUGUAUUUUUGUACAAACAAGAUUGUGUAAGAUAUAUUUAAAGUUUCAAUGAUUUAACAGUCUUUCCAACUUUUCAUGAUUUUUAUGAGCACAGACUUUCAAGAAAAUACUUGAAAAUAAAUUACAUUGCCUUUUGUCCAUUAAUCAGCAAAUAAAACAUGGCCUUAACAAAGUGGUUUGUGUUAUUGUACAAUUUGAAAAUUAUGUCGGGACAUACCCUAUAGAGAAUUACUAACCUCACUGCCCCUUGUAGAAUAUGUAUUAUUCAUGAUACAUUAAAGAAAAUAAUGGUUCUUACUGGAAUGUCUAGGCACUGUACAGUGAUUCUGUACGUUGGUCAUUGUAUUGUACCAGUGAAAUGCCAAAUUUGAAAGGCCUGUACUGCAAUUUUGUAUGUCAGAUAUUGCCUGUGGCUAUAAUAUACACCUCAAGAUUUUAAGGAGAUAAUGUUUUUAGAGAGAAUUUCUGCUUCCACUAUAGAAUAUAUACAUAAAUGUAAAAUACUGACAAAAGUGGAAGUAGUGUAUUUUAAAGUAAUUAACACUUCUGAAUUUAUUUUUCCUAUUCUAUAGUUGAUAUGACUUAAAUGAAUUACUGGAAUGGGUAGUGAGUGUACUUAUUUUAAAUUUUUUGAUUCUGUUAUAUUUUUCAUUAAGUUUUUAAAAAAUUAAAUUGGAUAUUAAAUUGUA